GUCGCAAAUAGAGUCCAAUAAGUUUAAGUCUACAUAAAGUCAAACAGAUUUCUCGCAUCACGAUUUCAAGUACAACCGGUACUCUGACUACCAAUCGGAGAGUUAUCAAGUAAAGCAAUUUUCUCAACAGUUUUUAAUAAUAGGGAGAAUUAUACCGCGAUAGACGACUCUCGCAUACCGACAAUCGAACGUCGGUACGUCAUAGGUACCUAGAUACUUAGAGGUUUCUGUGUGGGACUUUUGCAGAGGCAAGUACAAAGCUACCGAAAAGGGAAGGCGGUGAGAAGCUCAAGGCUCUCGUAGCUUCCACCAGCUUCACCUGCGAACCGUGUGUGAUUUUAUGAAUUAUCCGCAUUAUCCAAAAACAAAGACGAGUCCAAACUCGCCUGAUUUACUAAGCCGCCGAUCGAGCUUCGAAAUUUUGUUACAAUAUCGUACGUGUGCGCGAUAAUGGCCCAGAAAUGUGUCCACAAAGGUUGCGGCAAGGUCUUCACCGAUCCGGACGAGGUCUGUGUCUACCAUCCGGGUCCUCCAAUCUUUCAUGAGGGGCAAAAAGGCUGGAAAUGCUGCAAACCAAGAGUCCUGACCUUCGACGAGUUUCUCGAGAUCCCACCUUGUACGGAAGGCAAGCACAGUACAACGGACUUACCACCCGAGAUCGAGAAGAAGGCGCCCGAGAACCUCGAUCCAGCUUCGCAAUCUCUCGCGAACAAACUUGCUGAAGCCGUGUCAGCGCCUACUCGCGCACCUCUAACUCCCCAACCAGCCCCUACCGCGCCCCCACCACCCCCAGAAUCCGAAGACGACAAUCCGUCUCUCGAGAUCCCAGAUGGGAAGGUUUGCCGACGGAAAGGCUGCAAUGCGGCCUAUAAGAAAGGCCAAGAUCGAUCAGAGGAUGAGAAAUGCAUUCAUCACCCGGGCGCCCCUAUCUUCCAUGAAGGGAGCAAAGGAUACAGCUGUUGCAAGCGACGGGUGCUAGAGUUCGACCAAUUCAUGAAGAUUGAAGGCUGUAAAACAUCACCUAGACACUUAUUCAUCGGAUCUGGCCAGCAGAAGAGCAAGUCCAAGACGGCAAAUUCCUCGACGACCGAGAACGGGGAGGAGUUGCUAGAAACUGUGCGACACGAUUUCUACCAGACGCCCUCGACGGUAAUCGCAUCUUUCUUCCUCAAGAAGAUCGAUAAGGACAACGCCACAGUCAAGUUCGAGCCCCAGGCGAUCGCGCUCGACCUACCCACAAGCGAUGCGCAGCCCAAGCGUUACAGAACUAGCGUUCCGCUGUUCGGCCAGAUCGACGCGGAGAAGUCCACGUAUAAGAUCCUGGGCACGAAGCUAGAAGUGAGCCUGUACAAGGCAGAUGGCGCGAGUUGGCCGGUUCUACGGAGCGACGAGAGGUUGACGGGAGAGAUCUUGCAGGUCGGGCGCGCGGGUCGUGUGUAGUCGGCCGAGUCAAAACUACGCUACAUUCCAAUUCGUUUCAUCCAUCGCAUUCAUGGGUCCAGGGGAUCUAUGAGUUUGGGACAAAGCAACCAACAUAGCAUAGCAUUGACCGGCAUAUCUGCAAGCGCCUGCCCUAAUCCCUGCGCUGAUCUUAACCCCUCCCUCGUCCGGGACCAACGACAUAAAGCAAUCCGAACGGCUACUAAAAAUCCAAAUCUCGCUUUAGGCAUUUCUGAUUACAAACCAAUUUGUUCUCGGAAUUUCUAAUAUAGCGUAGGUAGUCUCACACCUGAAUAAACAUGAAGACGUCAAGUUACCUAAAGAAUAACCCCGUAAUCCUAUACCAUGCCAAUGUUCGGACUCUAGGAUCUCUCCGCUAUGGGGACCCCAUCCGAAUAUCAUUGCCCACUUUCUUAUUCGGUGUGACGCGCACGCUUUUCAGAGAAACUUUCGGCCCAAGACCAUGGGAAGGUCUGUUCUCUUACACGUUUAAUUACCAAGUAGCGAGGAAAAGCAUGUUUCCUAUAGCCCUAUCUAUGGCUGACGUUUUCUGCUCCAAUUUGCUCGUCGCUAUCCAACUCAAACAUUUGUGUAACGUGCCAGUGUUCUAGAAUACCCAAUCGAAUUGUCCAGAAGUAGGUACAUACCUGCCUAAAUCACUAAUCUUAC